AUGUCUCGCCACUUUGAUUCUACACUUGUGUUCGACCAGGUCGACCUGGACAUGGUGAUAAAGGUCAUCAACCACACAGUUCUCAGCCUCCCAUGGGACUCCCCGAUUAUCCAGUGGUCAUUCGUAUACGUGGCUGCUAUCACCACCUUCUGGUUCCUCAAAUUUGCAUCGAGGCUUUGGCGCAAUGGUGGUAGUUGGCUCUACAGCCCAGAGCGCAUUGACUGGGGCGAGCAAACUGUGCUCAUCACUGGUGGCUCCUCGGGAAUAGGCGCGUUGCUAGCCAAUACGUUGGCUGUUCGGAACGUUACCGUUGUAGUCCUAGACGUCAACCCGAUUGUCACUGAAAACUAUAACAUUUCAUACUAUAAAUGCGACGUCUCCAAGUGGGAGGAAGUAGAGGCUGUAGCAAAGGAAGUUAUUGAAGAUGUUGGUCAUCCAACCAUCAUUGUAAAUAAUGCAGGUGUCGUUCAAGGUAAAAGGAUCGUCGACCUGGCAGUUUCGGAUGUCAAGCAAACUCUCGAUACCAAUGUGGCUUCGCAUUUCUGGACGCUGAAAGCUUUCCUGCCUGGUAUGAUUGAAGAAAAGAAAGGACACAUCAUCACCGUUUCAUCGAUCAUGGGCCUCGCCGGAGCGGCUCGGAUGGCCGACUAUUGCGCCUCGAAGGCUGCUCUGCUUGGACUGCACGAAUCGCUUCGAUAUGAGCUUGACAAUGACUACAACACCCCGGCAAUCCGAACGACAUUACUUUGCCCAGGUCACGUCAUGACUCCGUUGUUCAGCCAUGUCAAGCUCCCUGAAUCCUGGUGGUACAAAUUCAUUGUGCCCAGCCUCGCACCCCAUGAUGUUGUUAAGGCCAUGAUUGCUGCCAUGGACGAACAAGAAAGCCGGACUAUUUUCAUGCCUUUCUACACUCAAUUUGUCAGGCUUACCGGGGUCAUGCCGAGCUGGGCCAGGGAUUUCUGCCAAUGGAUUUCGCAAGCGGACUACGCUAUGCGUGAUUUCAUCAAAGUCACCGGUCGGCGAGCUGACGAACCAGCACUCACAAAAGAAUGA